AUUUCUUGAUGGUUAUUAUGAUAGAGGGAUGACGACGGAGAAGGGAGGGAAGCCGUGUUCAUUCAUCUAUAAAAUUAUCACGCCGGGAAAAAGACUUCAUUGCAGUUUCUUGCUACGAUGGCGUUGACGACGGAAGAAGGGAGGGGGGUCGUGGCGUCUGACGCGUCAGUGGGGCUCACAGCUGCUUGUUGUCAUGGAGGAGCAAAGAUGGCGGGUCUUGCCUAUAGCCUGGGCAAGCGAGAAAUAAACCAACAUUUUACCAUUAAAAACGCCAAGCUGAUAUCGCUGGUGCUUGUUACUUUACUCGUCAUAUUCCACGCGGCUUCGCGGUAUUUUGGAGGCGGAGAUUCAUGUGAAUGGCUGCUGUCCAGCGGACGUUACUUGGGGGAGAACGUUUGGCAGCCUUACGGCUGCAUGAUGCACAAAUACAAAAGCACUGAAGCCAAAACAUGCCUUUCAGAAAAGCGAGUUGUCUUUUUAGGAGAUUCCCGAAUAAGGCAGUUAUUUUAUUCCUUCAUCCAAGUUAUUGACCCUGGCCGAAGAGAAGAGGUUAUCAAGCAUGCAGACAUUUCUUUUGAAGAAAAGAGCUUUUCUCUUUAUGUGGACUUUCUUUGGUAUCCUGAGGCAAAUAAUUCAAUGAAGGAGCGCUUGAUAUCAUGGACACACGAAGGUUCAGCAAAGCCAGAUGUUGUCAUCCUCGGUGCUGCAACGUGGUCUAUCAAGUUGCAUGGAGGCCGCCGUGAGACGUUAAAGCAGUACAAAGACAACGUGACAGCCAUCGGCACUCACCUGGAGAGUCUGGCCAAGCAUGGAGAGGUCUAUUGGGUCCUGCAAGACCCCGUCAAUGAGGAGGUGUUGCUCAACAACAGGAAGAUGAUCACCAACCAACAGUUGGAGCAGUACAAUGAAGCGGCAGUGAACGCGCUCAGCAGCAGCAAGAGCUCCAACAGGUCCCGAGUCAAGCUGCUAGCUGCGUCCCGCCAGGCGACAUUGGAGACGAUCAGCCAGUCAGAUGAUGGACUGCAUUUCCCAGAAAGCACCAGGAAUGUGGGAGUCAUGGUCCUGAUGAACGCAGUGUGCAACAAGCGCCUGAGGCCCAUCGACGGCUCCUGCUGCCAGACGUUGCCACCGCCCAACCUCCUCCAGAAACUAUCCGCGUGCUUCUUCGUGGGUUCUGCCCUCAUCCUGCUGACCCUUCACCUCCUCUGCAACAACCGCCACCACCGGCCCGUUCCGCCAGAUGUGGAGAGUCUGGAAGAGAAAAAGCCAGCUACGGCAGCUGCCCCGAUGGGUCUAAAGGCACCGUUGCAGAUCCUGUGCAGGAUGGGAGUCAUCAUGGCGUACUUUUACCUUUGUGACCGGGCCGACGUGUUCAUGAAGGAGCAGAAGUUCUACACACACUCCACGUUCUUCAUUCCGCUUAUCUAUAUAUUUGUCCUGGGGGUGUUCUACAGUGAGAACAGCAAAGAGACCAAAUUAUUAAAUCGAGAGCAAACGGAUGAGUGGAAAGGCUGGAUGCAGCUGGUCAUCCUCAUUUAUCACAUAUCAGGAGCCAGCGCCUUCAUUCCUGUGUACAUGCAUGUGCGGGUGUUGGUGGCCGCCUACCUUUUCCAGACAGGGUAUGGACACUUUUCCUUUUUUUGGCUGAAAGGAGACUUUGGACUGUAUAGAGUGUGCCAGGUUCUUUUUCGUCUGAACUUCCUGGUGUUGGUUUUGUGUGUGGUGAUGGACAGGCCGUACCAGUUCUAUUACUUUGUUCCACUAGUCACCUUCUGGUUCAUCAUCAUCUAUGGCACGCUGGCCAUGUGGCCUCAGAUCCUCCAGAAGAGGGCCAACACUAGCAGCAUGUGGCAUCUUGGUGUCCUGGCCAAGCUUCUGGGCCUCCUGGUGUUCAUCUGCAUCUUUGCAUACUCGCAGAGUGUCUUUGACAGUAUCUUCUCAGUCUGGCCCAUCUCCAAGCUGUUUGAGCUGAACGGAAGCAUCAGUGAGUGGUGGUUCAGAUGGAAGCUGGACAGAUUUGCGGUGAUACACGGCAUGUUGUUUGCCUUCAUCUACCUGGUGCUGCAGAAGCGCCAGGUGCUCUCCGAGGGCAAAGGAGAGACACUCUUCUCAGCAAGGAUCUCCAACCUGCUCCUCUUCCUCUCAGUCAUCACCUUCAUCACAUAUUCCGUGUGGGCGAGCAACUGCAAAAGCAAAAGCGAGUGCAACGAGAUGCAUCCGUACAUCUCUGUGGUGCAGAUCUUAGCCUUCAUUCUAAUUAGGAACAUUCCCGGCUACGCCCGCUCAAUCUACAGCUCCUUCUUUGCCUGGUUUGGGAAGAUCUCCCUGGAGCUGUUCAUCUGCCAGUACCACAUCUGGCUGGCGGCAGACACCAAGGGAAUCCUGAUCCUGAUCCCAGGAAAUCCUUCUCUGAACAUCAUGGUCAGCUCGUUCAUCUUUGUGUGCGUCGCUCAUGAGGUCUCCCUCAUCACCAACGACCUGGCCCAGGUGGUCAUCCCCAAGGACACCGUGGCUCUGCUCAAGAGGGUGGUGGCUGUGGGGGUCGUGGCUCUGCUGGUACAACUGACGACCAGAGACAGCUGGACCAAGUCCAAGUUUGACCACGGGGCGUGAUUUGAAACCUGCUGACUUACUCUUUAAUGGUACGAGGCGAGGGGGCGGGGCCACCGUUGAAAGGCUGUUGAUGAACUGAAAAUGUGUUGUGAGAGAACACCGACUUUUCUGACUGCUGUGAUAGUUGCACACUGAACAAUUCCAAAAAAGACGUUUACAUGAUGGAAGGUAAAUGGAGAAGAGCGAGUACAUUGCUACAUCUAUACAGAAGGCCGGUAUCCCAGGGUUCUCUGGUUGCUUGGAGCAUACCGGUAUGAUCUGGCACCAGGUCCAAACUGCUUAGAAGGACAAAAGAGACCUCUGUGACCUUCCUCGACUUGGCUAAUGCCUUUGGAUCAGUUCCCCACAACCUCCUCUGGGAAUCCUUCAACUUCUUCCACGUUCCAUCAUCCACCACUGCUGUACUGAAAGCCUACUUUGAAGACCUGCAAUUGUGCUUCACAACAGCCGACUACACAACAUCAUGGCAGCGUCUAGAAGUAGGCAUCAUGGCAGGCUGCACACCCUGUCUCUCCCCUGGCAUUCACAGUGGCCAUGGGAAUCAUGGAUGAUACGACCACAUGCACCAGGCGACUACUUGGUAAGCUGCAGGAGAACAUCAGAUGGGCCCUGAUGAAAAUCAAGCCAAAUAAGUCACGAAGCAUCUCAAUAGUUAAGGGAGACCAAGACGGACACCAUCAACUCCUUGCCCUUGAGAGCUGCCAAUUCCAUCUCUGUGCCAACAUUAGUUGGAGAGGGACAGAAACAGCCUAACCACCCAGCUUGAUAUUGGCAAGCAACUAAUCUUUCCCCCAGAAACUGCAACCACCACCUUCAGGCCAGACUUGGUGCUAGGGUCCCCUUCACCAAAGGUGGUCUACAUCAUAGAGCUCAAGGUCCCAUGGGAGAAUUCCACCGAAGAGGCCUACGAACGAAAGAAACUGCACUACACCGAUCUGGCAGCAGAUGAGCAACAACGAUGGAAGGCCAAGGUCUAUCCAGCUGAGUAGGAUGCAGAGGUUUUGUGGCUUCUUCCAUCAGGCUUAUGAAAGACCUUGGCAUUCAUGGACAGGCUCUGCGACAAACAAUAAGAUCAGAUCAGCCUCUGAAGCGGCCGAAAGAAGCAGCCGGUUGCUAUGGAUCAAGCGCAAGGACCCUUGCUGGGUGUCUAGUGUUGAAAGGCUGAAACACCCACUGAUUCAAAAGGUCCCAAAAUGUACAUCCUUCCCACGCCACUCUCAACCUCCACGCCGCAUGUGAUUACCAUCUAUUGGCACAAAGGACGGUGAAUUUAUGAACUUAUUAUUUCAGAGUAGAAGAGCUCCUGUCAUUUGAACUCCAGACUGGACUUCCCUGCAGGAAGGAUCUCCUCUCUACAAACUCCGUCCACUUCUCUGGUGGCUUCUCAACAUGCGCUGCAUUCUGCUUCCACGGUGACAGUGUAGAGUAUUUGACUUGAAACAGGAAAAUAUGCAACACACGGACAAAGAACAAAACCCCCCCUUGACAUAUUUUUGCUAAUAAUGUUGGCGUAAUCUGGUACUGUGGUCAUCUGCUGUAGCGCUGAAAUUCUGUGUGAUAUGUACAGUAUUUAAUUAUUUAAAAUGAAGCUCAUAUUUUAUACUUGGGGUUUUUUUGCUUUUAUUUUGUACUUUUGUCAAGUGAAGAAAAGUUUGUUUUUUGCCCACUUGCAGUGCUCCAGCUGUGUUUCAGUGCUCAGACUGCCUCAUAGAACAUCCUGCUCAGCCUAAGCUUCAUACUAGGACGUAGCCACACGUACCCGCACGCACUGACUGGCCCCAGAAGACUCAAAUAUUGUUUUUGUGCAACAUGUUGGCCUGUCUUCUCCUACAGGCGGGAUUUAGCACUUUGAUUUAUAAAUGUACAAAUGAGUUGAUGUGCAGCUAAUUUUCUGCACGGAAGCCAACUUUUAUUAAGGAGAUGAAAUGACUGAUGCAUUUUAUACUUGUAAUAAUACAUGAAUACACGGAUCACUUCCAGUCAUGUCAUUGGUUCACUUGUUUACCUUCUCAUUGCAGUACAGCGCUACUUUUUGUCUCUGGCCUUAAUUGUUGGUUUUGGUGGUGUAAAAGCAACAACUAUUUAUACUCUUUGAAAUAUGUUACAUGAAUAACUUUUUUUUGUGACGUCUUAAAAAAAUGUGAAAUGUAUUCAUAUUUAUAAAUGCCUUUAUUCUGCUGUUCAUAAUGUUGGUAAUAACUUCAUAAAAUGUGCACUUUUGCAUUCUA